GUGAUAUAUUUUUGUGAUUUAGAUACAACUGAGGUAUAUUAGAUAUAUACAUAUAUUGUUUCGGUGUCAGUACGUUGUUAUGGCCUACUGAAUCGGUGCUCUCUGUGUGAACUCAGCGGGGAAGUAUGGCAGUCGCUACGGCGGAAGCUCAGUCCGUGGAGCGGGGAUAUCAGCGACUCUCCUCCUUGUUCCGCCCCACCCUGUCAGAAGGGAACUCCUGCCACAGGUGUAAAGCCCAGGUGUACCACGCAGAAAAGAUUGGCCCGGUCCACGAUGUAGUAUUUCACAGGAACUGUUUUAAAUGUGUAGUCUGUGGUCAGUUCCUGACCAUUAAGAACUAUUUCUCAAAUCAGACGGAGGCCUCAGAUCGCGAGGUAUACUGUGGGACGCAUGUGCCUCGAAUCGGAGGGACACACAUUGACGAACGAGCCAUGGGAAUCAAAAACGCCAUCAACAGUCAAAACGUGUACAAGAAGAUGAGCAAAAAGAUGAACUCGGAGGUCCGUCUGGCCGGGACCCUGAGAAAACCUAACUAUAACUAUGAGGCGGUGGCAAUCAAACGCGCCACCACUGUACCUAAAACCCAAGACUACGUGGCGGAGCGCGCAACAGCUGAAUCUCUUCAUAAGGGUGUAGACAUCGACGCCAAUGCCCUGUACAUAAAGGGCCCCAUAGAGGCACAGCUUCUCCGACAGGGCUACCAACGCAAACUGGACAAGCAUCACUACCCACCAAACAUUUAUAAGAAGCGCAAGAAACUGAUCGAGGAGCAGCGCCGCCUGGAGGCUGAAUACAAGCGAGAGGAAGAUCGUUUAUUGGAUGAAUUCCAGAAUGAGAGAAAACAGGAAAAGCGCCGUCUGUCGGCAGAACUGCAACAUGAAUGGGAGGCCAGAUUGAAAGAAUUAACGGAAAAAUUUGAUAAAGAAUUUGGACAAAAGAAGAAAAAGAUGAAAGACAGCGAAAGAAAGCAAAUGACUAUACACUUUGAGAACAAGAAGAGAGAGAUAGAAGUUGUCAUUCAGGAAAAAAAGAAAAAGAAGCAGGAGUCUAUGACACUGAGACUGAAGGAGAAGGAACAAAAGAAAACAGCGACAAUGGUGGCGCGACAGAGUCGUCAGAUGUUAGAAAUAUUGGCGCAGAAACAGGAUGAACUCAAACAGGAACUUAAACAGGAAAUGGUGGCUGAGUCUAAAGUGGAAGGGAGUACAGCUAAUGGAGAGACAGAAGAAAUAGAGGAAGCAAUGGAGGCAUUAGAGAUUAUCCCUGUUGCCCCUACAGAAAUUCCCUCACCCCAUCCCCCAUCCUGCAGGAAACAAGACCUGUAUGUGGACCCCUCACAGUUCAAUGAUAUCGACGAACAAACAAUUAAGGUUGCGGAGAACGAACAGCCGACCUACACAGAUUUGGUUCAACAGCUGACAGAAGAUCUCGUUACCGAUUUGGAGAAAGCCAGGGCGAUCUACCGCUGGGUUACGGUCAAGGAUUUAAAUGUGAUGGAAUUUGAGGAAAGUACAGAAACAGACACGCCCAUGGGGCUCCUAAGGGGAAUCAAAUAUGGGACAGAGACCUAUCACGUGCUCUUCAUGAGACUUUGCAGUUACGCGGGUCUUCAUUGUGAGGAGAUCAAAGGUCAUUCCAAAAGUGUUGGGUAUGAGCCCGGGAUGAAGAUCAAACCCGAUCAUUUCCAGAAUACUUGGAACGCCGUGCUCAUCGACGGAGACUGGAGACUGGUGCAAUGUAACUGGGGAGCGAGACACCUGGUACUGAACAAAGACAAGAAAAGUAAGGACAAACCCAAACCCAAGUCUAAGGACCAGAUCAGGUAUCAAUACGACGAGCACUAUUUCUUGACAGACCCUGAUGAGUUCAUUCAAGAAUUCUGGGCCGCUGAUCCAAAAUGGCAGCUUCUAGAAAACCCAAUCACUCUGGAGGAAUUUGAGGCACUACCAUUUGUCCGCUCCAUCUUCUUCCACUACGGCAUGAGGUUUGAGAAGAGCUUGACUGCCGUUUUAGAAACUACCGAGAAAGGAGGAACUGAAGUCAAGAUAAAAAUCCCAGAAGAAUAUGAGAAUGAUCUGGUGUUUUAUUAUCAGAUGAGGUAUGCAGACAAAGAGAAAAGACAGGAGGCGACCUACAAAGGGGCAAAUCUAGAGAGGUUCGUGUUUCAGACGAUGUUAGACAAUACCGUGAUGUUCAGUAUACAUGUCCCUGCGGUGGGUGAAUAUUUCUUUGAAGUGUUUGCUAAUAAAAUUGAAGAGAGUAGUAGACUUAUAAACGCUGAGGAGACCACGGGUACAUCUAUUUCUCCCUUCAGACUGAAGUGUACUUGUAAGUUUAAGGUCGUGUGUAACUCCCUUAGUGGUAAAAUGUACCCACUUCCCGACUGUGCAUCAGGGGAGUGGGGACCUAAAAAAGCCUACCGACAUUUUGGGUUAAAGGUGCUUCAAACAAGGCCGGGGAAAUCCUCCAAAACUCGGUCCUCACCUGAUUCUAGUGAGGGGGAUAGGAUAUCAGACAGUGGAAGCUCUUCUGGGGAUGACCCUCCAGAAAACCCCAAGGCCGGGAUUCUGAACGUGGAUGAUAGCCUCGAUAUCAAAUUAAAAAUGCCACGCCCAUUGCACGUGGUCGCUAAGCUUAAAAUGAACAAUGUGGAUACAAAGACACUGGAUGCUUUUAUCACCACAAAAAUAGAGAAAGAUAUCAUCCAUAUCACGGGAACUCUACCUCAGAUCGGCCAGUACGGACUCGAUAUUUACGGACGUCCCAAAGAGGCGGGGGAAAACACCACCUUGUCUCACGCCAUGAAAUAUCUCGUCAACUGCCUUAAAGUAUCAAACCCAGUAGAACUCCCUAAAACCGUAGAAAAACAGCAGUCGACUAUUAAAAAAGAAAAAUGGGGACCGCAGCCGACGUUUGAGUCCUUGGGUAUUAAAGCAAUAAGCCCCAAAGAUCCUAAGAUAACAAUAACUGAUGUUAACACGUGUACUGUAGAAAUUCUGGUUCCUGAUGACAUCAUCGUGACACAUCAGUUUCUUAGAGAACCUGAUACAGACGUUAAGGAUCACAUCGCCAAGUUACCAGAAAAAGGCGGGACGAUCAAGUAUCACAUAGAUCUUCCCCAAACUGGAAACUACAUGCUGAGUUUGUUUGGGCGACGGAAGGAGGAGGAUGAGAUGCCAAAUAUUUAUAACUACCUUAUUGUCUACAAAAAAGCAGGCGAUACAAAUGGCACCCAACAGAAGGAGGAGAGAAGAGGAUCAUCUAUAUUUAAAAAGGGAUUCUUCAAGAAAAGUGAGAAAAAGUAAAACCAUUUUAUCCAUCACGUGAGCAAUUUCUACUACACAACAAUCAAUGAUGCUGCCAGUUAUACGAUGUAAUGCGCAUUGUCGAGCCGUGUUUGUACUUGGUCAAUUUAACGUGUCUUGUGGAUUGAAAUUCGGUAUUAUUUAUCAUCUUAUUACGAUUAUAAACAUAUAUUCGUACAUAUAUAUUCAUUGCGUUUUUAAAUGUUAUGUACAUAUAUACACAUUUGUGUAAAAGUCUUCUUUCUCUGCAAACAUAGCCAAAAACUUUGGUUUCUCUUUCAUUUUAUUUUGUGUCGGCUGAUGGUGCCUUCGCUUUACCGGUGUAAAGAACGAUUACUCUUUUACGAAGGACGAAAGAUAACUCCAGAGCAUAAAAUUGGCCGGAAGAUAUUAACAAACCAGUGUGAUAUUAACCCUGUAAUGUGAUAUGUACUUGACAUUAUGCGUUUACCUUGCUGGCUCAUACAAAAGACCUUUGCCUUUUUAUCAAAUUAUUCUGAAAAUUUCAGGGUAGAAAUUAAUAAUACUGAAUCAUUGUUCAUCGUAAAAUUAAACUAAAUCUGCCCUACGAAAUAGGUGCCAUACAUUUAUGAUCUUCAGUUCCGAAAACAGUCUGACAGAGGGCUUUAACUUUGAACAUUAAGAAAAAGUGCAUUUCUCUUUUUAUUUAUGCUUAUCCUAAAAUCCUACAAGUGCCUGCUACUGCACAUAUCUCUAAUUUUGAAUUUUUCUCUUGUUUUGUCCUUCUCUGUUUAUUGUACCAAAGCGACCUAUUAUCAAUAUAAUUGUGUUAUAUAUAAUAUAUUUUGUGUUAUAUAUUUCCAUUGGAAGUAAAACAUUUUUGUUUAAACACACAGA